AUGGCUGCGAACCGUCGAAAGCAAGACGACAAAAAUUUAGAAAUUUUACGUGAACUCAUUUCACAAAAUGGUAAUAAAUAUUGCUUAGAUUGUAAUCAAAGGGGCCCCACUUACGUUAAUACUACAAUUGGGUCCUUCGUUUGUUCAAAAUGCUCCGGAAUGUUACGUGGUUUAACUCCACCUCAUCGUGUAAAAUCUAUAUCCAUGGCGACGUUUACUCCGGAGGAAAUCGAGUUUGUUAGAGUAAGAGGAAAUGAUUACUGCAGACGCGUAUGGCUUGGCCUAUACGAAGGUGAAAGUGUGAACUACACGGAUGAACAACGCGUUAGAGAUUUCAUGUCGGAUAAAUAUGAAAAGAAGCAAUAUUAUCUUGAAUCAGCACCAAACAAUGCGCCUGUUGUAAACGGUACCUCUUCACAAAGAACCAAAAUUAAACAAAAAUCGAAUACUACAACUGUUCCUGCGCCGUUGAUUGCGAUAUCGCCGCAAACGUACAAAAGUUCUAGUAACAACAAUAUUAUAAAUUCAGCAAAGAUGAUGUCUACUUUGUCCUCUGGUCAAGAAGUCUCCCAUAAAGUAGCAAGGCCUGCCAACAAUCUAAUUCCAUCCAUGGUUAAUGGCUUUACUAUGCCAACCGCUGCACCCAUGCCACCACCAGUACCCGAUUUUCCAGUUGAUUUUUCUACUGCAAAUAUUUACAAUAGCGCACAAAAUAGCUCUCUUAGUAGCAACACAAACAAUAAUAUUGGUAGCAGAUAUACACCUACAGCAACACCAUCCUUUGAGAGCUUUAAUGCAGCAAAUAAUACUUCAAAUGACCGCUAUGCAGCAUUAGCGGACCUUGACUUAGUUUUUAGACAACAAAAGACUUUGGAAGAAAAUGUGUCCAGUAAGAAUCCAUUCCAAAGUGCAACAAGUGACGCAUUGAGCACAAAAAAUCCGUUUUUUAAUGGCAGCUGGAGUACAACAACUGCACCUGUUUCUGUUAAUCCAUUUAUGUCGUCCAGCAACGGGAACUUUGUCAACUCCAAAAAUCCCUUUCUUUGA